AUCUACGCAACUUAAAGUGAAGAGGGUUGACUAAAAUUCCUUUGCUUUCUGAUCUCAUCCGUCAAGAACCCAUCCAAAUUACUGCAACCGAUUCCUUUCCUUUCUGAGAAAUAAUCACUUGUUUGUUGUUGAGAUCAUGGCAUUAGCUGUUGUAGGUGGUGCACUCCUUUCUGCUUUCAUUGAUGUUCUUUUUGACCGGCUAGCUUCCCCUGAGUUUGUCAACUUCAUCCGUGGAAAAAAGCCUGACAAAUUGCUUCAAAAGAUGAAGAGCCAGCUGCUUGUGGUUAAAGUUGUGCUUGCUGAUGCUGAGAAGAGACAAAUCACCGACUCCAAUGUCAAAGAAUGGCUCGAUCUUCUCAAUGAUGUUGUCUACCGGGCUGAUGACUUACUUGACGAAGUUUAUACUAAAGCUGCUACUCAAAAGGAGGUAAGCAGUUCCUUUUCUCACCUUUUCAAAAGGAACAAGGUUGUUAAUGUUAGUAAGUUGGAAGACAUUGUUGAAAGAUUAGAUGAUAUUUUAAAACAAAAGGAGAGUCUCGAUUUGAAGGAGAUUGCGGUGGAGAACAAUCAACCAUGGAAUGCUCAGACAACAUCUCUGGAAGAUAGAUAUGGUAUGUACGGUAGGGAUGAAGACAAGGAGGCCAUAAUGAAGUUGUUGUUAGAGGAUAGUAGUGAUGGUGAAGAAGUGUCUGUAAUCCCUAUUGUAGGCAUGGGUGGGGUUGGGAAAACAACUUUGACCCGAUCUGUGUAUAACGAUGGCAAGUUGAACGAGAUAUUCAAAUUGAAGGCAUGGAUUUGUGUUUCUGAUAUAUUUGAUAUUGUGAAAGUCACAAAAACUAUGCUGGAGGAAAUUACUCAAAAGCCUUGUAAAUUGAGUGAUCUAAACUUAAUUCAACUUGACUUGUUGGAAAAACUGAAAGGUAAAAAAUUCUUGAUUGUCUUGGAUGAUGUUUGGAUCGAGGAUUGUGAUAGCUGGAGUAGUCUUACAAAACCAUUUUUAAGUGGAAUUAGUGGAAGCAAAGUUAUUGUGACAACCCGCAAUGAAAGGGUAGCGGCUGUAGUCCCUUUUCAUUAUGUUAAAGUAUAUCAUCUAAACAAAUUGUCAAAUGAAGAUUGUUGGUUGGUGUUCGCAAGCCAUGCAUUACCCCUCUCAGAAGACAGUGAGAAUAGAGAGACUCUAGAAAAGAUUGGAAAGGAAAUUGUUAAAAAGUGUAAUGGCUUGCCUUUAGCUGCACAGUCUCUGGGAGGAAUGUUGAGAAGAAAGCACGAAAUCAAGGAUUGGAAUGAUGUACUUGAAAGUGACAUUUGGGAACUUCCCGAAAGUCAGUGUAAGAUUAUUCCAGCACUCAGAAUUAGUUAUAAUUAUCUCCCUCCACAAUUAAAACGGUGCUUUGUUUAUUGCUCAUUGUACCCCAAGGAUUAUGAAUUUCAAAAACAUGAUCUGAUCCUGCUCUGGAUGGCUGAAGAUCUUGUAAAAGCAUCAAAAAAAGGAAAGACUUUAGAAGAGGUUGGUCAAGAUUAUUUUGACGAUUUGGUUUCGAGAUCGUUUUUUCAACGUUCAAGUUCUCGGGAUUGGGGUGAUUUUUUUGUGAUGCAUGACCUGAUGCAUGAUCUAGCAACAUUCCUUGGCGGGGAAUUCUAUUUCAGAGCAGAUGAACAUGGAAAAGAAACCAAAAUUGAUAGAAAGACUCGCCAUUUGUCUUUUACAAGAUUCGGUGAUUCGGUCUCCGAUAGUGAAGUUCUUGACAGGAUAAAAUUUUCGAGAACUUUCUUGACGACCUAUGAUGAUUAUUCUCCCUUUAAAAACAGAAAUACACCAUGCAUUAUAGUGUCGAUGCUCAAGUACUUGAGAGUUUUAUCAUUCUAUAACUUACAAUGUCAGCUUGUUCUGCCUGAUUCAAUAGGUGAAUUGAUCCAUUUGCGUUAUCUAGAUCUCAGUUUUACAGGUAUAGAAACUCUGCCAGAGUCAUUGUGCAAUUUGUAUAAUCUACAAACUUUGAAGUUGUUUUGUUGCCGUAGGCUGACUAAGUUGCCUAGUGCCAUGCAAAAUCUCGAAAACUUGCGUCAUCUUGAUAUUCGUGAUAGUUCCAUAAAAGAGAUGCCUAAAAGAAUGGGGAAACUAAAUCAAUUAUUGACCUUGGAUUUAUACAUUGUGGGCAAGCAUAAAGAGAAUAGCAUCAAAGAACUGGGAGGAUUCCCAAAUCUCCAUGGCAGGGUUUCUAUUGAGAAAUUAGAGAAUGUUACUAAUGGUGAAGAAGCAUUUGAAGCCAGGAUAAUGGAUAAGAAGUACAUUAAUUCUUUAGAGUUGCAAUGGUCUUUAUGUGACGAUAGUAGCAUCGACUUUCAAAUUGAAUUAGAUGUACUUGGCAAGUUACAACCUCACCAAGACCUGAAAUCCCUUUCAAUAAUGGGUUAUAAAGGAAAAAGUUUUCCCAAAUGGAUGGACAAUUUUUCUUACCGCUACAUGAAAUCUCUGUAUUUACAAAAUUGUAAUAAUUGUUGUAUGCUUCCUUCACUUGGGCAACUACCGUCUCUGAAGCACAUCCUUAUUUCAGAUAUGAAUUCGGUGAAGACUAUUGAUUCUGGCUUUUGUAAGAAGGAAGAUUGUUCAUCUAUGGCACCCUUUCCCUCCCUUGAAUCUCUAUACAUUUUUAAUAUGCCUUGUUGGGAGAUGUGGAGUUCCGUGGAUUCAAAAGCUUUUCCUGUUCUUGAGGAACUUUAUCUAAAAAAUUGCCCCAAACUAAAGGGAGAUUUUCCAAAUCACCUUCCUAGUCUGCAAACACUCAAGAUUAAAAGUUGCCAGCUUCUUGUCUCUUCAUUCCCAAUGGCUCCCGCCCUUCGAACAUUAAAGAUAUGUGAAAGCAACAAAGUGGAGUUACAUGCGUUUCCUCAAUCGGUGAAAUCUAUAAAAAUAUCGGGAAGGCCAAUGGUGGAGUUCAUGAUGGAGGCGAUCACUGACAUUCCACCUACUUGCCUGAAAGAGUUGUCAUUAAUUGAUUGUUCGUCAGCCAUAUCUUUUCCAGGUGAUCGUCUUCCUUCAUCACUGAAAACUCUGGAUAUCAGGGGCUUAAACAAACUGAGCUUCCCGGUGCUACAUAAACAUAAAUUACUGGAAUUCCUGUCAAUAAAUAAUAGUUGUGAUUCACUAAAGUCUUUCCCACCUGCUAUCUUUCCAAAUCUCACCAGUCUUAUAAUAAAAAACUGUGAAAAUCUAGAAUCUCUUCUGCUCUUAGGGUCAGAGUCGUUGAAGAGUCUGAAUUCUUUUGUGAUUAGGGACUGCCCCAACUUUGUAUCAUUCCCAGGAGAAGGAUUUUCUGCACCCAAUUUGACUCGUUUCAAUGUUUAUGGUUGUGCCAAGUUGAAGUCAUUGCCGCAUCAGAUGGGAACUCUUCUCCCAAAGAUGGAAUAUCUUAGCAUAUCCAACUGCCAACAAAUUGAGUGUUUUCCUGAAGGGGGUAUGCCACCUAACUUGACAACAGUUACGAUCAGGAAUUGUGAGAAACUACUGAUCAGCUUAGGAUGGAUACCCAUUGAUAUGGUUACCUCUCUCCAAGUUUAUGGCCCAUGUGAUGGCAUCAACGCCUUCCCAAUGGAGGGAUUGUUGCCUCCCUCCAUUACGUCUCUGUAUCUAAGUGAUUUCUCAGGUCUUAAUACGUUGGAGUGCAAAGGACUUCUCCAUCUCACAUCAUUACAAGAAUUGCACCUUGUAAAUUGUGAAAAGCUGGAGAAUAUUGCGGGAGAAAGGCUGCCUGUCUCUCUAAUACAAUUAAGCAUAAGAGAAUGUCCCUUGCUGCAAAAACGAUGCCACAGAAAGGACCGUCAAAUUUGGCCUAAAAUCUGCCAUGUCCGUGGCAUAAAGGUUGACGGUAGAUGGAUUUAGUGAGCAAGAAUGAUGAGCUGGUAAUUCUCCUUUUUUCACUUACGUCAUCAGCAUAUAACCAUGGAAAACUAUUUCUGUCAAUGUUAUCUUUCAUCUCAUGUCUUACCCUUUAACAUUUAACGAGUCUUAAAUUACUUAAUCGUUGAGUUUGAUACUUGACUGGAAUUGCAAGGUUAAACGAAACCUAACCUUUUGUUUAUAUUUUAUUUAUAGUGAUGUGAUUUUAAUUUAAACACUGCAGAAGUGAGUAUUGCAA